CAUCGCUCCACAUUGCCAUCUGCUGUACGAGUCCUUGUAGCUGCAGCACUGUCUGUCCCCCCCCCUCCGUCGGAUUCCCGCUGCCCUGCCCAUCUGGCGCUGCCGGCCGCUACUCAGCCCUCCACCCAGCUCCUUUAUCCCCCCGUGUCCCGAACCACCCGCCCGAGCAUCGGCUACGUACAGUCUCGCUGCCGCAAGUAGCACUCGAUAAUGUUCCAAAAAGUAUCGGACAAAUUCCACCGCAAGCAACAGUCCUCGUCCUCCUCUGCCAAAACACAGCAAUCCUCCCCACCGGGUGCACUCUCCAAGGUCAGCAGCCAAGGACAACCAGCUCCUGCGAUGCCGCAGAAUCAUUCGCCAAUGGAGGGUAUCGAAAGUACCACUCCCGUGGCCCCUCAGGACGAGACCUCUCACAAACCCUCGGCAGCCGGGUCCUCUGCCUCGUCUUCACUCAACAACAUUCCCCCUCAAGCCCGCACACUCUCUGCUGCGCUUGGCGUACAUGGCUCGUCCGGGGAGGCCAACGACCCAAACCAGCAGAUUACAAGCCCCGUAUCGCGAAGCAGCAGUGCUGACGAAGAGCGUAUGAGGGAGAAGGCCCGGGAGGCGCAAGAGCAGGCAGCUCAAGCCCAAGCCAACCUUCACAACGCGACCCAGCAGGCUCGCGUUGCAGCCAUCAAUGCUGCCGCGACGCAAGCAGCAUUGGAGACUGGAAGUCAGCUGCCCGCCACGGCAAAGGUACCCGUCCCAUCUACUGGCUCUCAGUCUGGUCAGCCCAGACGCAAGACCGCUGGCCGAUAUGCCCUUUCGGAUUUCAUGAUCGAGAGGACGUUGGGAACUGGCUCUUUUGGGCGAGUUCACCUCGUGCGAUCGAGGCACAAUGGUCGAUUUUACGCCGUCAAGGUGCUGAACAAGGAAAAGGUCAUUAGGAUGAAACAGGUCGAGCACACCAAUUCUGAGCGAGAGAUGCUGGUGCGGGUGCGACACCCUUUCCUUGUCAAUCUUUGGGGCACAUUCCAAGAUGUCAACAAUCUUUACAUGGUCAUGGACUUUGUCGCCGGAGGAGAGCUUUUCAGUCUUCUCCGUAAAAGCCAGCGCUUUCCAAACUCUGUAGCAAAGUUUUAUGCUGCCGAAGUUGCGCUGGCUUUAGACUAUCUCCAUUCUUUAGACAUUAUCUACCGAGACCUCAAACCGGAGAAUUUGUUGCUGGGCGCCGACGGUCAUGUCAAGGUGACAGACUUUGGCUUUGCCAAAUAUGUUCCCGACAUCACAUGGACCCUCUGUGGCACACCAGAUUAUCUCGCACCCGAGGUCGUUCAAUCCAAGGGCUACAACAAGAGCGUAGACUGGUACGCUCUGGGCGUCCUCAUAUUUGAGAUGCUGGCUGGGUAUCCUCCCUUCUUCACUGAGGAUGGCAACCCCAUGAAGCUUUAUGAGAAGAUCAUAGCUGGAAAGGUCCGUUAUCCAACGUACUUUGACGUGAUGGCCAAAGAGCUCUUGAAGAAUUUGCUGGUCGGUGAUCUUACCAAGCGUUACGGAAACUUGCGGGCUGGAUCGUCCGACAUUUUUGCGCAUGGUUGGUUUGCGGAAGUGGACUGGGACAAGUUGUACCGAAGAGAAAUCCCAGCUCCCUAUGUGCCCAAGAUUGAAGGAGAAGGAGAUGCUAGCCAGUUCGAUCGGUACCAGGAAGCGGAUGUCAGUGCCUACGGGAAAGCAGGUACUGGUCAGUACGAUCACUUCUUCAUGGAGUUCUGAACGAGGACCGUGUUGGCGUUGGCAGAGAUGUUGUAGCACCACCAAUAAUCUGGAUGACUAACGAGAAUGUGUUGUCUUUGGCGAGCAUCUUUGCGUGAGAAACCAAGAGCUGUAAUGGUAGAAAGAUGGUGGGCAAAUGGAGGAUUCAGCCUGCAGACACGAUAGAACACAAGCAUGCAAAGUCAGUAGAACCAAAAGGCCGACAACUCUCUUCCAGGCGC